AUGCAAGGGCCUCGGGCUGCGUAUGGUGGGGCAGAGAUAAGAGGCUCCAGCCUGAAGAUCAGAAUCACUGGAGUGAGGGAGCUGCUGCAGGUGCUGCACCUGUACUGUGACACUUGCUCGGUGCCCAUCUGUCGUGAGUGUACAAUGGGCCGGCACGGGGGCCACAGCUUCAUCUACCUCCAGGAGGCACUGCAGGACUCCCGGGCACUCACCAUCCAGCUGCUGGCUGACGCCCAGCAGGGCCGCCAGGCGAUCCAGCUGAGUAUUGAGCAGGCCCAGACCGUGGCGGAGCAGGUGGAGAUGAAGGCCAAGGUGGUGCAGUCGGAGGUCAAGGCCGUGACUGCAAGACAUAAGAAGGCCCUGGAGGAGCGGGAGUGCGAGCUGCUGUGGAAGGUAGAGAAGAUCCGCCAGGUGAAGGCCAAGUCUCUGUACCUGCAGGUGGAAAAGCUGCGGCAGAACCUCAACAAGCUGGAGAGCACCAUCAGCGCCGUCCAGCAGGUCCUGGAGGAGGGCCGGGCGCUGGACAUCCUGCUGGCCCGAGACCGCAUGCUGGCCCAGGUGCAGGAGCUGAAGACGGUGCGCAGCUUCCUGCAGCCCCAGGAAGACGACCGGGUCAUGUUCACGCCCCCCGACCAGGCACUGUACCUCGCCAUCAAGUCCUUCGGCUUCGUCAGCAGCGGGGCCUUCGCGCCGCUCACCAAGGCCACGGGCGACGGCCUCAAGCGGGCCCUCCAGGGUAAGGUGGCCACCUUCACCGUCAUGGGCUACGACCACGAUGGAGAGCCUCGUCUCUCGGGGGGCGACCUGAUGUCAGCCGUGGUCCUGGGCCCUGACGGCAACCUGUUUGGGGCCGAGGUGAGUGAUCAGCAGAACGGGACUUACCUGGUGAGCUACCGGCCCCAGCUGGAGGGUGAGCACCUGGUGUCGGUCACCCUGUGCAACCAGCACAUCGAGAACAGCCCCUUCAAGGUGGUGGUCAAGUCGGGCCGCAGCUACGUGGGCAUUGGGAUCCCCGGCCUGAGUUUCGGCAGCGAGGGCGACAGCGAUGGCAAACUCUGCCGUCCUUGGGGCGUGAGUGUGGACAAGGAGGGCUACAUCGUGGUCGCCGACCGCAGCAACAACCGCAUCCAGGUGUUCAAGCCCUGUGGCACCUUCCACCACAAAUUCGGCACCCUGGGCUCCCGGCCCGGGCAGUUCGACCGACCGGCCGGGGUGGCCUGCGACGCCUCCCGCAGGAUCGUGGUGGCCGACAAGGACAAUCAUCGAAUCCAGGUCUUCACCUUCGAGGGCCAGUUCCUCCUCAAGUUUGGCGAGAAAGGGACCAAAAACGGGCAGUUCAACUACCCUUGGGAUGUGGCGGUGAAUUCUGAGGGCAAGAUCCUGGUCUCAGACACGCGGAACCACCGGAUCCAGCUGUUUGGGCCCGACGGCGUCUUCCUGAAUAAGUAUGGCUUCGAGGGGGCUCUCUGGAAGCACUUUGACUCCCCUCGGGGCGUGGCCUUCAACCACGAGGGCCACUUGGUGGUCACCGACUUCAACAACCACCGGCUCCUGGUUAUUCACCCCGAUUGCCAGUCUGCACGCUUCCUGGGCUCGGAGGGCACCGGCAACGGGCAGUUCCUGCGCCCGCAGGGCGUGGCCGUGGAUCAGGAGGGGCGCAUCAUUGUGGCCGAUUCCAGGAACCACCGGGUACAGAUGUUCGAGUCCAACGGCAGCUUCCUGUGCAAGUUUGGAGCUCAGGGCAGUGGCUUUGGGCAGAUGGACCGUCCUUCCGGCAUCGCCGUCACCCCCGAUGGCAUGAUCGUCGUGGUUGACUUUGGCAACAAUCGAAUCCUCAUCUUCUAA